AUGGGGGCAAGAAACAGAAACCCAGUCAGACCUGGAUAUUUAACAGAAACGGGAGGAUGGGACAACACUGCCCAAAAUUUAUUGGAUAAUAAGUAUAAUUGGAAGGACUAUUCUCAACCAGAAGCUGCCCCUGUACAAACUUUUGGACAGGUUUCACAGGGAAACUCAACAUCACUACAGACAGGAGAUAACAUACAACCUGUCCAGUUGCAAAAAGAGCCUCCAGGGUCACAGUUAAAAAAUAUGUUGACUUCUUCACCGCAUGCAGGAAAUGUGUUAGUGAAAGGAUCACUGAAGGGAAACACAUUAUCAAAAUUCCAGUGUUCUGGCAACGUGUCUACAAUAUCCAAGGCACCAUAUACAGGAUAUGUUCGUGCUAAAACACACACAGUUACAAAGUCAUCAUGUGCAUAUUCUAGAAGUAUUUUUCCUAAAACUAGUUUAGGAGAAAAUCCAACAGACAGUGAUUCUUAUAAAUGUAGAAUUUGUGCAAAAGUGUUUAAUUCUUUCAAAGCCAUGAAUAGACAUUUAAGAGUACAUGACCAACACCGUUGUAAGCAGUGUAACCAAGGCUUUAAGAGUGACUUGCUUUUACAGAAACAUAACACUGACCAUCAUACAUUUAAGUUUCCUUGUGCCUCAUGUGGCAAACUCUUUGGACGCAAGUUCACACUCAAACGACAUGAAAUGUAUACCUGCACCCAGAAGCGUUUCGCAGAAACAACCAAUGAAGAAACAUCUUACAAACGUUUGAAAAUUCCCAAGGCAGACAAUACUCUAAAAGCUAAUAGGAAGGCUUCUGUCGUAUUUCGUGACUAUUUGCGGGAAAAGGGGCAGGAGACAGACUUUGAACAGCAAAGUGUUGCUCAACUUUGCAAACAUCUAGGACAUUUCUACAUGGAUGCUCGUAAACAUGAUGGAACUCACUACAAAACCUCUUCACUGGAGCAAUUCCGAUACUCCCUUAACAGGUACUUACGAAGCCCCCCUUUCAACAAGCAAUAUGACAUAAUCAAAGAUUGUGAAUUUUCUGAAGCAAACGUCAAUUUCAAAGCAGUCAUGAAUGAAUUGAAGCGUAUGGGGAAAGGCGAGACGGAACAUUAUCCAGUUAUUACAAAGGCUGAUAGGCACACAAUUUAUUCAUCUCAGCAUCUUAAUGUCAACACGCCUGUCGGUCUUUACAACAAGGUCCAGUUUGACAUUCGUUUGUAUUUCAGUAGACGAAGCACAGAAAACAUGCACAAGAUGACAAAGUCAACAUUUGAGAUUGUGACAGACUUUGAGACAGGUUUGAGGUAUGUGAGAAAAGCUGACGAAAUGUUUAAGAAUCUACACAGUCAUGACAAAGAUGUGUUAUCAUGUAACUAUAUGCCAGAAUCACCUGGCUCACCAUUUUGUCCUGUGGCAUCGUUCGAGUCUUACAUUUGCAAAUUGAACCCGCAGUGUGAAAGGUUGUGGCAAAGACCGAAUAGGGAAAGUUCAGCAGAUAGUGUUUGGUAUUACAACAGCCCAGUUGGAGAGAAGAAACUUGCAGUUUUUAUGUCAGAGCUCAGUAAAGCCUGUAAGCUUUCAUGUGUGUAUACCAACUAUUCCAUCAGAGCCACUGGCAGUGCCAUACUCUCAAAAAACAUGUUUGAUGCAGCUCAGAUCAUGUCCAUCACUGGUCACCAGUCAGAUCUUCCGCAGUCCAUUUAUCAAAGACCAGAGGGCCAGAGAAAGUGUAGGACAGGACAAUCACCACCAGAUAAUGUGGAACUGCAAUGCAUCAAGCUUGAAUCAGAUGGAGACUUAGAAAACAUACUGCAUGUACAUCACUGACUUAGGAAAGUCACUAUGAACAUAUUGGAUGGUAUUGGUGUUUUCUUAAAGCCUUCAACUUCAUUUGUUGCAUAGACGUUAUGUUUAUGAAGACUUGCACACCUGAGACAUUCCUCAUUAAAGAAAGUAUCAAUCAGAUGUAUAACACCAGCCACCAGCUAGACCUCAGCUUCCAGGAAAACUCUCCUAAAUCAAAAAAACGUCACUUCUGUCCCGAGUGUGACUUUGUAACAGACCGACACUACAGUCUGAAGAGACACAUGAUAAUGCACAACCAACAGUAUUUUGUAUGUAGUCUCUGUGGAGCAAGAUUCAACGAAAACUGCAAGCUGAGAAAACAUGUACAGAUAACACACAAGGACCUACCACCUAUCCAAACUACAACCACUCCACAGCAUUUCAACAGUGGGGCAGGUUAACACUGAUCUGGGUGGCAAGUGAAUUCAGUAGUUUUGAUAAUGUUACAAAGAUCCGUGGAAUUCAGAGUGUGUUUGUAACCAAAAGGAUAGACCAUCAUCUUAAAGCUUCAUCAAAUAGCUGAUGUCUGCAUCCUUUUCUAUCAACAGUCAGAAAUCAAGAUUUUACAAAGGAUAUAUCAAAGAUAUUGGAAAAAAUCGGAUGCAGUCAUCCCAGGAAAGACAACAAUGUCUUUGAUAUUCUGGAACCAAUUUGAUUAAUGUAUAGACUAUUACCUAAUUUUUCUGUGCAAUAUUUACAUGUAUUUUAAAUUUUAACUUGGAUUUUUAGAGAAACAUUUGUAUAUUUUUUUUUUAUUUACUUCGAACAGUAUUCUUUACAUUGAUCUGUACCUGGUAAUGAAUUUAUCAUUAAAGAAUUUUGUGAUAAAUUGAAGUAAGAAAGACAUAAAGGAUUUUGUACAUUAGCUUUUACUAUGAAAAGAAAUAAUCUGAAGCAUAUUAAGGAAAUAGUGAAAUAAUUGCAUAUUUAGGAUUUUAUC